UCCAGUAACGUCUUUACAAUUUUCCGCGUUCGAAUCUGAACUGAAUCUGAACUCGUACUAUUUUAUGUUUUGAAUAAGAAUAUAACAAUAUUCUUAUUCAAUAUUCUUAUUCUUAUUCAAAUUUGGUGAAAAUUAUUGAGUGUAUCAGUUAGUUAUAUGAUAUCAGCAGUACACACAAGAAUAUGAGUUCAAUGACGGAGACUCCGACAAACAGCAAACAAGUUAUGGAGAAUGAUGUACGAAAAGGUAAACGCAUCAGGAAGCCAAAAAAAUAUAUACUCCUACAAUAUCUGCAGAUGAAAAUAAAUCUAAAAAGAAAGUCUCAGAAAAGAACAAGGCCCAAUCAAAUAAGGAAGCUGCUGCUACUAAACUUAAAGUUCAUAAAGACUUACAGAAGGCCAUGAUGGAUGAUUGCUUGAGGAGAAAAGAGAAACUAGCUGCUUCGACUUUAUCAACAAGUGUCUCGAAGCAAAUAACUUGUGGGAGUUCAAAUCAGAUAAAAAAACCAAUGGGGUACUUAUUACAAACCAAAGCAAUUAAUCAGGAAGCGGGAACUUCAAAAAAUGUGCAUGAGGAUAAUUAUGGGUGCUUGCAAUGUAGAAAACUCACUGCAGAAAAUUGCCUUUUAAAAGAAAAAUAUGAUUCUCAGCAAGAAAUGUUUAAUAAGGUUCAAAAUGACAUUGAGGAUAUAAAAAAUAUGGUUGCUGCACGUCCGGCAAUACACAGUUUUGAAGACUCUGAAUCUGCUAUGACGACAUACGCAGACGUUCUUAUAAAUGCAGACUCCUUAAAUGGUGCACAAAAUUCGACUACGUUCUAUAAACGUUUAAAAAAUAUAGUUUAUGGAUAUUGGCCACAGGAGAAGCUGAACUUUGUAGGAUAUAAAUGUUCAACGAGAAUAAAAAGAGAAAAAUAUCAAAAAAUAAAACAUUCAGAUGAUAAAAAUAUUGCAAAAAUUUUGUUGGAAAUGCAAACAGAUAAAGAUUUGAAACUAAAAAAUAUAAACGAAAAUCCGUUCCUCAUGGAAAACAUUAAAAAAAAGAUUUCUCUCAUUCUCCGAAAGCAUCGAUCAAAAUCAGGAACUGGAAUGAGUUCUACAGAAUCAGAGGAGAAUGACACUGAGAGUGAAGACGAGGAAGAAUCGGAAUAA